AUCUUUACUCCAUCCCAGCACAGCGCUACCGGUGGGGCUGAGCACAACAGCACUACUCCUUGACCCUGUUGGACUGUAGGAACCUGGUACACAGUCGUGUUUUUCACUGAAAACCUGGUACUUUAAUUAGUUCGCUACUCUGUACACAAUGGCAGACCGAAGUAAUUCAGUUUUUAAGGCAAAACUUGCCGAGCAGGCGGAGCGAUAUGACGAGAUGGUGGACUGGAUGAAGUGUGUGGCAGGCAUGGGUGAUGAGCUGACUGUGGAAGAGAGGAACCUACUAUCAGUGGCUUACAAGAAUGUGAUUGGAGCUCGGAGAGCCUCCUGGAGGAUAAUUAGUAGCCUUGAAGUAAAGGAGUCCGUAGGUCAAAAAUCAGCAAUGAUCAAACUAUACAAGGAAAAGGUUGAAGAGGAGCUGAGGCGUAUCUGUGAUGAUAUUCUGAAAACAUUGGACGAACACCUACUCCCAUCUGCUUACUCUGACGAGUCUAAGGUCUUCUACAACAAAAUGAAGGGGGACUACUACAGGUAUAUGGCAGAGUUUGAGACUGGCGACAGCAAAGGUGAAGCAUCGCAGAACAGCCUGUUGGCGUACAAAGAGGCUAACACACUUGCCGAAAAACUGCCUUCCACACACCCCAUUCGCCUUGGCCUUGCCCUCAAUUUCUCCGUCUUCUACUAUGAGAUUCACAACUCGCCUGAUUCCGCGUGCCAGUUGGCAAAGAGUGCAUUUGAUAAUGCCAUCGCAGAACUGGACACAUUGAGUGAAGACAGCUACAAGGACUCCACGCUUAUCCUGCAGUUGUUACGCGACAACCUGACACUAUGGGCUUCAGAUGCACAGGGAGACGGUGAUGAAGGGAAUGAGGCACAGCAAGACGAGGCUGACGAGGCCAAGUGAGACUAUGCCAACAACAGCUAUCAACUUGAGACCCUCACACUCCUGUCCUCUGUCCUCCAAACACACACACACACACACACACACACACACACACAGAUUUUCCUUUCUUCCACCUCCACAUCUCCAGGACCCAGCAGGGCCAUGGAGUGACAAAGUUAAUGUUCUCUUCUUUUUUUUCUUUUUACAUCAUUCAGUCAAAACCACUUUAGACAGGAAAUACAAUGAUAGAAAGACAAAGAUAAUGAGAUAAAAGACUCCCUGGAUUUCCCUUUCUUUUUUUUGGGUGCUGGUACAAGCUGUUUCUGAGAUGUUAUCUUUGUUUUCACUGUUGUAUUUUUUUUUUUUUUCCCUCAAUAUUUUUAUCAGUUGCUGGGUGUAUUGAGAUUUUUUUUUCUUAAUGUAAUUACAGAAAUUAACUUUUAUUACUGACAAUGUUCACUAUUAGUUAUGGGAGCUGUUUUAUCUUUUGUCUGUUUUUAGUGGAAUUUCAUAUACAAAAAUCAUUCUAUCUUUUUUAUGGGCAAUUUGAAAAAUGUGCAAGUGCCCUUUUUGUUAACAUAGGUUUUUCAAAGGAAGUUGGCAAAAUUUGCGAUAUCCAAGUGGGCCAAAGAAGUGCAGAACCUAAACACCGUAGUGAUUCUGUCGUCACGCUUUUGUAGUUGUCCUCGGACUGUACCUUUGUGCUGAAAUACUGUAACUGUGCACACAUGCUGAAAGUCAACUCACGGUUAGCUGGUGGUCUUUGUUUUGUUUCUUUAACUUGGAAGAUUUCUCACUCUUGUAAAAGGAAAGUCUCGGUUUUGGCUCCACUCCUUGGCACAAAGCCCUGAAUUCAAAAAUAAUGCAGUGCUUUGCAUGACUUCACACAUCUGCUGCUUUGUUCACCUGCUCUUAAGAAAAUCUCCUCUUGGUCCAGAGGUUAUUUUUGUUUGUUUGUUUCUUCUUUCUUUCUUUUUGUCAUUUCCUUGUUUCUCUUCUCAAUUUACUUCAUUAUAGCUGCAUUUACACUGCAUGGUGAAGGUGACCCAGUUCUGACGUUUUCCUUUCACGCGGAUUCAGCUAUCAUCAGAUCAGAAAUAAAUCCGAUCAUUUGUGACUACAGGGUAAGCAGACAUCCCUUAAAAACAGGAUGUGGCGAAUGAUGCAGAUAUACUCGUACACUCUACAAUCAUGACUCUCUAAACCUGCGCAACCAAAUCAGUGGACUCAUACUGAGGUCGAGCAACACCACUUUCACUGUAGUUUCAGUUGCCACGCCCACCCUGUGGGUUGUGUCCCCCAGAGUUAACCAGUGUGAAUGCCGAGUUCAUAUAUGGGUCACUUUUGAAAGACCUGCAGUAUAAAUGCAGCCUGUCUGUAUCUUUGAGCUGAUUUGUACCACUGGAUAUCUGACUGGAGCCACAGACAGGGAAUCUGUAUUGUUCUUACUGAAACACAGCAUGGAAUUAACAUUAAACUAAAUUAAACAUUA